AUGGGCCUGAGCCACUCUAAGGCUCACCCUAGGGUGACUAAAGUAGCACCCUUACAAAACAAAGGGGAAGAGAUGCCCUCAGCUUGCCCUGUGGUGUUUGCAUUCAAUCAGAAUCUGGAAGAAAAGAAUUCACAUUCCUUCACAAGUCUGCAGAACCGAACUAAAACUUUGGAUGGGCAGCUGCCACCUCUACGAGAGACUUGGUAUGGAAGAUAUUCUGCAGUGCCAACGGCCAUGUAUUUUGACAUCCCACUGGAAAAGGGAGAAACAAGUAUUAUUAAAAGGCAUCCACCCCGAAGAGUUCAAAAGCUUGAACCCAUUAACCUGCCGCAAGUAAUUACUUCUGAAAGGCUCCUGAGCCAGCACGAAGCUGGGACAACACACAAAACAAAGCAGGAACUGGAAAAGAAGAUGCAAAUACCAACAUAUAUUUCUGGGAAAAGACAAUAUUUACAUAAGAUGCAAAUGCUGGAAAUGAACCGUAAAAAACAAGAGGCCCAAAUGGAAUUGAAGAAAAGUCUUCACAGGGAGGCAAAAGUUAACAAACAAAAACUGAGGGAACAUGAGGCCAAGAAAAUUCUUCAAAGCAUCCCAAGAAACAAGGACCAUGACCUAACCUUAUUACCUGAUGAAACAGUGAACAGAAGACCAGGAAAUUCAUGGAAUGCAGAAUUUUUAGAACACCAAGCAGAGAAUGACUACUGUCCUCCCAAAAUUGGCAAAAUGGAAACAUGGCUCCAUGAGCAGGAGGCCCGGGGACAGCUUUUCUGGAAUGGUUCUAGCUCUGACUCAGAUGAAUCAGGAAAUGAUGAGAAGAAACCAAGAGCACUGGUGAGGACCAGGACAGAGAGAAUCCCACUUUUUGAUUACUUUUUUGAUUAA